UUGACACACACACACACACACACACACACACAGAGCGUCUCUGCAGCAACAUCAUGUUCUUCUGCUGGGGAGAUUUAUCCAGAGCACAGCUCGCUUUUCCCGGUAUUGGAGGGAAUAUUUUCACUCCGACUUCAGUAGACUUCAGUGAACCUCUGGUUCAGAUAUGUUGUGGAGAACAGCAUACUUUAUUCCUGACAGCAAGGGGCCAGGUGCUUUCCUGUGGCCGAAACUCUAAAGGACAGCUGGGAAGAUCCAAAGUCAAAGAUACCAAACUACCAGUGAAGAUUGAAGGAUUGGGAGAUAUAGCUGCGGUGGCAUGCGGACAGGACCACAGCUUGGCUCUGGGUAAUUCAGGUCAAGUGUUUUCCUGGGGAGCUGGUGGAGAAGGUCAGCUGGGCCACAGCAUCCCGGUGGCAAAAUGUCCCAAACCAGUACCAGUUCCAUUACAGUUACCCUUCCAGAUACCAGUAGUGCAGGUAUCUUGUGGAAAUUUCCAUUCUUUGGCUCUAAGCAAGGGAGGUGAAGUCUUUUCGUGGGGUCAGAACAAAUAUGGGCAGCUGGGACUGGGAAAAUCAGUGGACCUGCAGCCUAACCCUGCACUCGUACGAUUUCUUGUUGGAGUUCCAGUCAUUCAGAUCUCGGCUGGUGGAUCCCACACCAUGGCCUUGGCUCUCCCAGGUCAGGUGUUCUGCUGUGGAGCUAACAGUGUUGGGCAGCUGGGCCUUAACAGGAUUGAUGAAAAUGGCAGAUUUACAGUGUGUGCAGUUCCAGCAUUGAAGUACUUGAAGGUGUCUUCUAUUAGCUGUGGAGCAGCUCACACUGCUAUCCUUACUAAGGAAGGAGAGGUGUACACAUUUGGAGAGGGAGCUCACGGUCAACUCGGGCACAAUUCCACCAAGAACGAGCUUCUACCCAGGAAGGUUGAAGGCAUUGAAGGACCUGCUAAACAAGUAACUUGUGGAAGCCAGCACACUCUGGUUCUGAUGCCAUCUGGUAUCCUCUUCACAAUUGGCUCUGGUGUAAAAUCUCAGGCGAGUGGUGAGACUGAGAACAGGCUGCAGCCGGUAAGACUGGAAGGAGACUGGAGCAGCUCAGAAGCAGGGUUGCUCACAGAAAUGAAGAUAUCAUCUGGAUACAGCACCAACUUUCUUUACUUUCCAUCUCUCAAGCCCAAUAUUUUUGGAAAGCCAUUCGGGAAACUUGAAGAAGCCCAAGUGCAGAAAUGGGUUACAAUGUUGGAGACUGAUAAAAGAAUCAAUGAAAUCAAAAGAGAGAUUUCCUUGACCUUUGCCACAAGCUCUAAUCUGGUCGCCUGCUUCCUCAAAGACAGUAGGAAUUCUUCAGGUGCCAUUCAGAUUGAUUUGAAUGCUGCUAGCCAAACAUUUGACAAGCUCUUGACCAUUCCCUGGAUCAAAAACUCAGUGAACAUCACACAUGUGGUGGACAUCCUUUUGUAUGCUACACCGGUGAUGAGGUGUCCUGAGAUCUUCCUGAUUCUGCCCACAUGCUCCUUUCUUCACGAACAUCACAGCAUCAUUCCGCUGGUGCUGCCGUUAGCUGUAGCCAUCACAAACCUCAGUGAAACUGCAUUGAAAAUCCUGAAAGAACACUGGAUCUCCAUGGAUGCCAACAUUAUGACAAAGCAUAUCCGCAUGUGGAAACAAGCCAUCGCCUUCCUCCUGAUGUCGCAUAUGUGGGUACAUUAUAACCCUGGUUUAAAAGCAGUGCUGGAAGUCCUCAAGUUACUUUACAAGGGAAACAAAAGGGCGGUGAAGUCAAAGAAGGUUCCACUCAGCGAGUUCUACAUCCCAGAAAUCGGCACCACACCUCAGUUACUGGAAAAUGAUGUUGCGCUGUGGAUAUCGAUUAAGCGUGGAGCAUUUUUGGAAGUGCCUCAGACACCUGCCAUUUUCUGCCGUUACCCAUUUCUCCUGGACCUGAUGAGCAAAAUCGUCAUUUUCAAAUACAUUGCUGAAAUUACAAAGGUUGCUCAUCAGAUCAUCCACAACAGUGUGGUGACUGGUGGAAUCCUUCAGGACAUGCACAGGGAAGUGCCAACACCAAUCCUCCAGCUGAAAGUGAGACGCACUGCCCUGCUUGAGGACACAUUCAGACAACUUAACAAUGCUGACCAUGAGAACUUCAAAAAAACUCUUGUGGUGCAGUUUGUAGAAGAGUCCAAACUGACAGAUGUGAACAAACGGGAUUUCUUUCUUCAUGCUUUUAGUAAGCUUUUGGCUCCUGAAUCAGAGUUGUUCAUGUACAAUGAUAAUCAAACAAUGAUCUGGUUUCCUGCCCAGCCAACGCUUGAAUUAAAACAAUACUUCCUGUUUGGGAUCCUCUGUGGCCUGGCUCUCUACAACAACAACAUUGUGUACAUGCCCUUUCCUCUGGCCUUGUUUAAGAAGCUGGUCAAUGUAAAGCCUAGUUUGGAGGAUAUGAUCGAGUUCCUCCCUGUGACUGGAAAUUGUUUGCACUGCAUUCUUCAUGAAUACUCUGAGGAAGUUGUCGCUGACUUGGACAUCGAUUUCUGUGUGCACUGGAACGGUGUUGAAACGGAGCUUGAGCCAAACGGAAAAGAAAAAUCUGUGACAAGUGACAACAAAAAGAAGUAUGUGGAAGCAUAUCUCGACUACGCACUGAACAAGUCAGUAGACCAGGUGUUUAAUGAGUUUAAGAGGGGAUUCUACAAAGUGUGUGAUGAAGAAGUGGUGAACUUCUUCCAGCCGGAGGAGCUCAGAGGAGUGAUGGUGGGAACAGAGGAAUACGACUGGGACACAUUCAAACAGAAUACCGCAUAUUCUGGGCAAUACCAUGAGAGACACCCUGUUAUCAUUGCAUUCUGGGAGGUCUUUGAGGAGCUGACGCAAGAGCAAAAGAAAGCCUUUCUUUUGUUUCUGACGGGUUGUGACCGCGUACCCAUCCUUGGAAUGGAUCAGGUUAGGAUGACCAUGUUAGACCGUCCCAACUCCACUCAGGACCAUCUGCCGGAAUCGCUCACCUGCCAUUCUUAUUUACUGCUCCCUCCAUACGAGAACAAGCAACGUCUACAGACAAAGCUUAUCGAAGCACUAAAUCACAACAGAGGCUUUUGGAGAGAAGAAUAAGAAAAUGUUUAGGUUGUACAUUGUUCUAAAAUGUAUUCACCAUUAUAACAUAUAUACUAUAUAGAUCAUAGAUUAUAUAUAACAUAGCAUUAUUAGUUUAUUAGUUUAUAGCAUUAUUAGGAUAAAUUGCAUGUGGAAACAAAUAUAUUAUGUCACUUACAAAGUAAUACGCAGCACAGAUAUAGUUGAUUAACCAAUAUUACACUUGUUGAAACUUAUUUAAAGGCUCUUCUAAUACAAUGAAAUAAAAGUAUGUUCAGUUUA